AAUCAAAAUUUGUCCCGCCCAAACAAAGAGUCUGAGCCAAUCGAGUCUGGCCCGCGUGAUAAGAGGUCCAGGAUGUUUGCACGCAUUUUUAACAACAGGUCACCCGCUAGUGUACUUCUUCAGGCGUCCAGGAUGGCGAGCAAAGGCAACAGGGAAAUCUCCUACGAGGACCUGAAGGCAGAUCUGGGAAAAAAAGAUCUGCUGCUGGUUGAUGUCCGCUCGGAGAAGGAGGUUAAUAAUGGACGUAUUCCAGGAUCUGUUCACAUUCCAGUUGAUACAGUAGAUGCAGCAUUUCAACUGUCAAAUGAAGAAUUCCUUGCCAAAUAUGGAGUGAACAAGCCUCCAUUGGAUACCAGAAAUCUGGUGUUCCAUUGCCAGAUGGGCAAAAGAGGGGCAGCUGCAACUAGCAUGGCCAUCGCACAAGGAUACAAAAAUGCCUGCAACUAUGCAGGGGGAUACCAGGAGUGGUCCGCAAAAGAGGGAAAGUGACAUUUGCAGAAGGAUUUCAUUUAAUAGAUUGUAGUCAUGAAAGAUGCUCGGGUGGUUUGAUGUGCGUCCGUCUUUUGUUUGUUUACAUGGCCACUACGUAUGAAGGCGAUAAAAGGCCUGCAUUUUAAUAUGAAUAAAACUGUGUUUUAAAGACA